AUGAAGGUGCUAGUAGCUUUAAUACUGCUUGUUCAGCUUCCAAUCCACAAAGCUGUACCAGCAGCUCCCCCCGGUCCCUUGGGCUGCGAUGACCCAGAAUCUGAAGCAGCAGCUGAAUUUGCUGUGAAUUAUAUUAAUAACUACAGCCAUCACGGAUACAAGUUUGCCUUAAACAGAAUUGAAAAUGUCCGCGUGCUACCCCAGGGGCUGAAUAACGAGAUAUUGUUUCUUGAACUUGACUUAUUAGAGACUGAGUGCCACAUCCUCAACCCUACACCUCUUGAAAAUUGCACAGUAAGGAGCUUCACAGAACACGCGGUUGAAGGUGAUUGUGAUGUUAAAUUGCAGAAUUUGGAUGGGAAGUUAUCUGUACUUGCCAGUAAAUGCCACUCACAUGCAGACUCAAAUGAAGAUAUUGUCCGAGUCUGCCCUGACUGUCCGCUCCUGGUAAAUUUAAACAACACUCAGGUAUUAACAGCUGUUACAGCUGCACUCAACUACCACAACAGCAAAACUGCUGAUGCCUACCUCAAACUCCUUGAGAUCGGAAGAGCCAGAAUACAGUAUGAACCAGUGCACUUGGUCUUUGUUGAGUUUGCUGUGGCCGCCACAAACUGCUCAGCAGAAGAAGCUAAAGAUAACGUGGAUGCCUGUCAGCUGCUGCCUGACAGUCAGUCUAAUUUCGGUUUCUGCACAGCAACUAUGGCAAUACGACCCUUACAGGACCUCCAAGUAGACUGCAAACUUUACGGACAUCAGCCUGGAGUUAUCUAUCAGCCAGGCCAAGAUACAUCAGCAGGACUGCUGCCCAGUGUUGUACAAGGCUUCACAAACCAUAAUCUCAGGCUUUCCCACAACAACCCUGUUGCGUCUGAAUCCAGCUCUUCAGAAUUUCCUACUUCCGCGGUAGCAGCGAAGUCUGUAGUAAAAAGAACAGUUGGAGAAGUUGCUCAGCAUGACAAAGUAGCUCGUCCAGUUGGCUUUGUGCCUCCUCCUCCUCCAUGCCCCGGAAGGAUCCACCAUUUCAAGAUAUAGGCUGUGUUACAGACACAGAAAGCCAGCUGACUGAAGGAUCAGUAUGCAGCAGCAUCACCAACACACACAGAAUACCAAAUGCAAACAGCUGAGAACACUUGAAUCUUUGAGCCCCACUGAGUUUCACCUUGCAGAUAGCAUAGCAGCAGCCAGGAUCUUGCAAAGGCCUGCUUCAAAAUGCAGGGAACUGCAAAAUAUAGCAGUUAUUUUCUCCACACACAUGGAUACUCUAGUUAAAACACAGAAAAUAUUGUUUCAAUGACACUGUUGAGCUGUACAACAGUUGUAGCUUUGUGAUAGAGA